AUCCUAAUUGUUUGUUUAUUCCAGGGUUUUUUCAACAAAAAAAAUUAUGUUAUAAAAAAUAUGACAAUAAUGGUAGCAAGCAUCCCACUUUUAAAAUCGCUGACAUCCACUGAUAUCAAACAAGGUUUACCAGGCGAGGUAUGGAGAGUGGUGUUUUCUUACUUAAAAGCUAUUGAUCUGUGUCGUUGCUCACAAGUAUGUAAAGACUGGCGUAUCCUCGUUGAUAGUGUCGAUGCAACAACAUGGAGGUUUUUAUACCUGGAACAAAAAAAGUAUAAGCGAUGGAAGCAUCCUUACUGGCCAAAUGAAACACAAUCAAAUGUUAUUUCUUGGAAGAAAUCAUACAGACAACGAUAUUUAGUGUCUCGUUUGUGGUUAAACAAUGGUGUGACAACUGCAUGUUCAGUAAACUUUUUCUUUGGUAGAAGUAAAGAAAGAAAGAAUUUUUAUGUUGGCUCAAAUAAACCUUAUAAAACAAUAAAGAGUGCCAUUGAAAAGGCUUCUCCUUACGAUCGUAUAUAUGUCUAUCCCGGAGUAUAUCAAGAUCCAGUCAUGCUUGUGAUAAAAAAUCCAUGUGCUGUUAUUGGCGUGGAUGACCCAAGUAAAAUUAUAUUAACUAUGCAAAUCGAUGUAAGAGCAGAGUCUUUAAAAUUAGAAAACUUAACAAUAAAACCGAUGUAUCCAAGAAGAGUUCAUUCAUCCACAGCUCUUCUAAAGGUAUUAUAUGGUCAUGUCUUUAUGUUUAACUGUAUUGUGAAUCAAGGUUACCUACAUAUCACUGCACCCGGCAUAGCUGACAUCAGGUCAUGUACAUUUACUACCGCUUUUGUUAAUUUACAAGGUGUUGGUUAUAGUAGUAUUACAAACUGUGAAUUUAAGCCUGAUCGGUUUGCUAUAUUUGUUGAGGAACCGUUGUUUCAAUUUAACUUAAGACCACCUCGCACCAUGGAUGAAGUUGGAGGAUGGGUAGCCGCUUUAAACGAGAAAAAGUUUGAUGAGUAUUACUGUAGGCAUAUUAAAGAAAAAUGUCGGAAAAGAAAUGGAGAUAAUGAAAUGAAAAAGUCCAAAUCUUUUUUAUCUUGCAUAACUGAAUCUGAUCUCAGUUUGAGUGACAGUGAUGCUAGUGAAGUGAGAUCGAAAACAAAAUCAUGUUUGUCACGAAAGAGUAGAGUCAAUAGUUUAGGGUCACUAAAGAGCGACAAUGGUACUGAGAAAGAAACUGUGGAUGCACAAACUAAAGUAUUACUUAAAGCUAUACAAGGUGUUGUUAUUCGAAAUAUUAAAGUUACUGGUGGCAAGGGUGGGGUCACCUUGUGUAGAAUGGGACAGGCAUGGAUUGAAAAUUCAACAUUUUCCAACUUGAGUUAUGGAAUUCGAUGUUUACAAAAUUCAAAAUGUGUUGUAUUAAACAACAAGAUACAUAGUUGUGACACAACAGGUAUUUUUAUAAGAGAUCACUCUGUUGCAUUGAUUGCUGGAAAUCAAAUCUUUGCGAAUGGUGAAGCAGGUAUUGAUAUUCGUUCAAGUGCAAAUCCGUUAAUUGAACAUAACGAAAUUCACAGUGGUAAAAGAUCAGGAAUAGUUUGUUUAGAUCAUGGAAAGGGUGUGAUUCGAGAAAAUGACAUUUACAAUAACAAGGAAGCAGGCAUUUAUAUUUUACAUAAAGGUUGUCCUAAAAUUCAUAACAAUCAUGUGUGGUCUGGACGAGCUUCUGGCAUUGCUGUGACAGAAGAUGGGACUGGUCAUAUAACAAACAACAUAAUUACUGAAAUGGAGUGGGCAGGUAUUGACAUUCGGCAUGGAGGUAACCCUGUCAUUUCACAUAAUGUGAUUCAACAUGGAAAAUCAGAUGGGAUUGUUGUUGGUGAAGCUGGCAAGAGUGUUAUUUUGGAUAAUACAAUUGAAGAAAACAGUGGUUGCGGUAUAUGGAUUUUAGACGGAUCCCAUCCACUCAUUCACAGCAAUGUAAUAACGAACUCUGGAAAUUCGGGAAUAGCGUUUGUGAAUAACAGUGAUCAUGAGCACGAAAAACAGAAAUUGAGUGUACAUAUACCGCAAAACAGAGCUGCACCAGCUUUUAAUCACGAUGCUGACGAAAGAAGUGUUGAUACAGAGGAGGAGUUUAUAUUCCCAUCACCAAUGAUGUUGGAACAAGAGCCGGAAUCAAGAUACGUGCACGUCUCAAAGCCAGAUAAAAAAGUUGCUCAGGUCGAAGGCAAUACCAUUGAAAACAACAAGGGGCAUGGUAUUUUGUAUGAUGGCAAAGAAGGCAUUGUAAUAUUUAAGAAUCAAAUCAAUCAUAACUUAAAACAUGGUAUUAACUUAAUACAUUCUAGUGAAAUAAGUAUACAAGAUAAUGAGCUCAGUCAUAAUCACCUUUCCGGUGUAAAUGUUGAACUUGGUAUAAAUGUAUCCCUUGAGGGAAAUGGAUUGUACGAAAAUGGAGAGUAUGGAGUCAGCACAGCAGGAAUUAGUACUAUACUUCGCAACGAUGUAUUCGGUCAUUCCUUACCCGGUGUAUAUGUUCAAACUCUUGCAGAUGUUUCACUGAAAAACAACCGACUGCAUGGAUUAAAGCAUCCAUGUGUUCAUGUAGAAGAACAAUCGCGGUGCAUUGUGGAUAAUAACGAUUUUUACAUUGGUUCUGAAGCAAAAGAUUUGUACUUUCAUGAAAUUAGUGAUGUUUCAUAUCUCGACAAUAACAAAAUUCAUAAAAUUGAUAAUAAUGACUCUUGCAGAGACUUGUCAGAUAUUGUUUCAUAUACUGCUGUUGGUAUAACGGAUUGGAGACCUCAAUGCACCAAUGUGGCAACCAAGAGUGCUCCAUUUUUUACCACAGUUCAAAUGCAUAAUCAAAAUCGCUCGAACAACAGGAGUUCGUUUUGUGCUCUUCUGUGAAGUGCAAUAUUUAUAUAUUUUAGAUAUACAUUUUAAUCUUAUUUUAUGAAAGCUUUUUUUCGUUAUUUUUGUAUUUAGUUUAAAUUUUUUUUUGUCUGGUCUUACAUUCAGUCGAUAAGAAUUGCCAGUGAGGUUAAAAUAUCUCACUGAGUAUUUGAUACAUGCAACGAGAAUAAAAUAAUGUAAAUGAGAUAGAGACUGUCCUCGACUAAAUGUAGUAAUAGUGUAGUUAUGUAGAAUUUUAUGUUGACUUCAAUUCUAUUAAAAGUGGUAUGUAGUGUAUGGUGGACAUUUUUAUUUAAAUAAUGUUGCAAAACCUCUUAAAAAGUAUAAGAUUACAUUUGGAGGCAAACAUAAAACACACCUAAUAAGGCCAUUGUUCAGAAUGAUCAGGAAAUUUUUUUCUGAACUUCACUUGUGUUUUAUAAAAAUCAAAUCAGAGAUGUGAAGCAUUUUUUUAUUUAUCAUUUACAUGCCUUUACUCUUUAUACCCUGAUUUAUUUUUAUGGAAAUUAUUUUUAAACUACGGAAACGCUGCACAUAUAAAUAUUUUCAUUUAAUUGUAUAUUUUUAUUUAUUGAUUGUCCAUAGAUUGAUAUUUAAAAAAAAUAAUCUUAGAA